AUGCGCUUCUCAACCCUCGCCGCCAUCGCUGCAUCCGGCUGCGCAGCCGUUGCCUCUGCUGCCGCGGUCCAGCCCCGCCAGGCCCCGUUCCUUGCCAACAUCAAGGGCUGGGCCGCGCCGUCCGACUGCAGCACCCAGAGCGACCUGGACUUCAACGUCGGCAACGGCACCGUGGACCACUGCAUUACGUUCCCGUACGCCGUCUCCACGGUUCAGCUGGGCGCCAUCGUGGACGGCCCAUACCAGGUCUCGUUCUACACCGACAGUGGUUGUGCCGACCUCAAGCGUGGCACCACUGCCAACGUGCCGGGAGCCUGCCAGAACAAUGCCAUUGGGCCUUGGCUCUCGGCCAAGGUUACCACCUUCUAA